ACACCCAAGCACCAGAAACCCGAGACUCUUCAGAUAUGACUCUUGUCAAUGCAUGCUUGUGCGUCCUUGUGACCGCGCUGGCACUGACUGUGUGCGUGGCCCGGCCGCUGUCGGACUCCAACAGGGAGACGGGCGCGGCGCUGGCACAGAGGGAUCUCCAGCGGGAGAAGACACUGGCUGCGCGCAUUGUCCGGAGGGAUUGGAUGGGAUCACUCACUGACGACCAGCGGCAGUUCAUGUCGAAAUACAUCCCACAAGUACUUGCAGAGCUAUCCAACCAGGAAGGCUAUCGGUCGGCGGACUCCGUGCACCCGAUAAUUGACCGUGACUACGCGGGUUGGAUGGAUUUUGGCAGACGAAGCACGGAAGACGUAGAGUUCACCCCCUGAGCUCACAAUGGGUACAGAAGCAGCAACCUUCAGCAAUCAGCAAAUGCACCCAAAAUCAGUAACAAUUACAAUACUAACAUAAUAAUUCCAAAAAAAGAAAUGCCAAACAUAAAUGUUACAUUCAAAAUGUACCAUUUUGCAAUAAACAGUAAAUCUUUUUUGUUCCUUUGA